AUGCUCAGAGGCCUCAUGAAUAGCCAUGGCCCACUGGUAGCAUCCAACCUCUCGCCACCUCUCCCCGUUCCUUGUCACCUCGCGCAAGCGCAGGACGCGAGCGGGGAACCGGAGAGGGCGCGGGUGACGGUGUUCGAGCGCCCGGGGCUGCGGGAGUUUCUCAGACGCGCUAGUCGCCUGGGCGAGCUCGUGCUCUUCACCGCUGGCCUGGAAGGUGCGUUGGGUGGGGUACCGGAGAAGGUGCGGGUGACGGUGUUCGAGCGCCCGGGGCUGCGGGAGUUUCUCAGACGCGCUAGUCGCCUGGGCGAGCUCGUGCUCUUCACCGCUGGCCUGGAAGGCUACGCUCGGCCGCUAGUGGACAGAAUCGACCCCGAUGGGCUCAUCUCAGCUCGCCUCUACCGCCCUGCCACCGUCACCAUAGGUACAAGACAACAUGUGAAGGACCUUGCAGUGUUGGGGCGGGGUCUGCGCCGCACAGUGAUCAUAGACAACAACCCCUUCGCUUUCCUGCUACAACCAGUCAAUGGCGUGCCAUGUGUCCCCUUCUUCGGUGGCGAGGGAUCCGACAGACAGUUGCUGCAGGUGCUGCUGCCACUGCUGGAGACCCUGUCCCUGCUCCCAGACGUCCGCCCCUUCCUCUCCUCGCACUUCCGCAUGCCCCUGUGGCUGCGAGCGCAUGGAGUGCCGGUGGUUAACCACCAUCCAACGUAG